AUGCAAUCCUUUCGUUUAUUGCCCGUUAGCACGUCGAGACAUACGGUCGUUGACUUUCCGUGCCCGUGUUUGACCGUGCCGGCAAUUUCCAUCUGGAGUGAAAACCCGGCUGGAAAAAGUCACCGGAAUCCGGUCACCAAUCACGAUCGGCCAAUCCAUGUACAUACCGUCAAAACUGGUAUUGUGAUCCCAGCCAUUGGUGUUGAUAACGGGCCCAACGGCCCACGAGCUCGAGUAAUGAAUCAAACGGUACAGAUAGGUUGGGUUAUCCGAAUCGAACGAGGCAGGCAAGUCCGGGCCCGGAACAAUUUCGGGUUCAGUUUCGGUUUCGGGUUCGAUCUCCCGGCGCAUUUUUUCCUCCUUAAUCUGCAUUUUCAUGAAAAGCUUCUCCCUGCCUUUUUUUCCGAUUUACUAAGUUUUUCGAGCUCGGUUUUCGCGAGCGGCUUCAAAGGAGGAAGCUUCUCGUACUCCUCCAAUUCAUCUCCCGAGGAAUCGGAACAAUCGUCAUCGAUAAAUUGCUCGGAAGGCAACAUAACUUCCUUUCUCCACUGCAAAAACGUCGAUAAAAGGCUCGGUAAAUUAAGGCUUCUUCUCCCGAAAAAUCCCGAGCAAUUCACUCGCCUCCCGCAAGAUUAUCGAGACGAAGCACAAGAGCAAAAGGUUCGAAAUCCAGAGCUGCCCGACCCGAUUCUUUCUGCAGCUCGGGUGGUUCUCUGCGAGAGCCACGGGAUUCGCAAACGGGUUAAUAUCCCCCGAUACAAGGCGCACCAUGCGCCGCAAAGCGGACGAUCGCUGCUCCACGAACGCGCCGUAACUACUCCCCGCCGCGGCGCUGACGAGGCGUGGGUAAGCACGAAAAUUGUGUCGAGCCAGAUGUCCCGCCCGAGCACGUCGGUUAUCGUACGCAUCAGCGCCACGUCAUCGGUCCCCUCGCCACCUGCAUCCAACCUGUCGACGUAUAAAAAAACGUCCGGCGGAUUCUUUUUAAUGAACCUCUUGACCGAAUAA